CGCGUGGCGCGGCUGGAGGCGCUGUCGGAGGCGCUGCUCGCGCAGGCGGAGGGCGGGGGGCUGGGGACUGCCGACCAGACGGAAGUCGAGCGGGUGCUGCCGAAGCUCAUGGCGGCGCUGGACGACGGCCACUUCAAGGUGUGCGCAGUGGCGGCGGCGGCGGCAUGGGCGGCACGCGUGGCGAUAUCCCUGGCCGGCCUGGGCGCCGUCCAGGCGGCGCUGCGCGCCGCGCCGCGCGCGGUAGAGCCCGCGCUGGACAAGCUCAUGCCGCUGCUGUUCCUGAAGCUGUGCGCGGCGAAGGAGAGCAUGAGGGGCGCCGCGGAGGCCGCGUUGCAAGGCUGCGCGCUGCAGUUUGGUGCGGACGCGCUGCUGCCGGCCCUGAACCGCUCCCUGGAUGCCAUGAAGCAGCCGGCGGCCAAGGUGUCUGUCAUGGAGUUUGCCGUGCUCUUCAUAGGCGAGGGCAAAGUGGCCGGCGUGCCCCUGGCCAGCCUGCACCUGCGGCAAUGGGUGGCACGUGGCCUGGCGCUGCUGCUAGACAAGAACGCGGGCGUCCGCCGCAUGGCCGCCAAGGCGCUGGGCAGCCUGCACGACAUAGACCCGCCUUUCAUCGCGUCCUGCCUCGCGCACGCCAGCGCGGCCGAGGCGCUCGCGUUCGAGCGGGCGCUCGCGGCCGGCCUGGGGACGACCGGCGGGGCGGGCGGCGGCGGCGUUGGCGGGGCGGCGAGCCGCGGGCCGUCGCCUGGGGCGCUGGCGGAGGAGGGUUAUGUGGCAGGCAGCAGCGGCGGCGGCGGGGGGGCCGAGUCAGUUUGCUCGGACGAUCUGGCGGCGGCGGCUGGGUACAGCUAUGACUGCGCCGCCGCGGCCUGCGGCGGGAGCAGCGGCCAGCCGGCGGCGGGGAGCCCCGGGCCGCACGCGGGCGGCGGCGGCGGAGUGCCGAGGGGAUGUGAGGGGGGCGGCGAUGCGUACGGGUUGAAUGGCGGCUAUCAGCAGCAGCAGCAGCCGGCGCGGCACGAGGCGGUCCUGCCUGCGGCCGGCAGCAGCUGGGGCGGCAGCGGCUACGGCGCCGGCGGCGCCGUGGCGCAUGCGGGAGCGUCGCCUUCGGCCGCAGCGGUGGCAGCACCAGGCGGCUACGAUGGUGGAGGCGGCGGUCUGCGCGGCGGCAGCAGCGGCGGCGGCGAGGCGCAGCGCGACGUGCUGGGCCGCCCCUUUGCGGAGCCCGCCACCCCGCAGCAGCCGUGCUUGGACCUGCCCGCCGACGCCGCUGGCCAGGCGCGGCACUUGACUGUGCUGGUGCACCGGCUGCAGAGCCGCGCGGGGGAGGACGUGCUGGCUGAGCUGGCGGCCUGCGCGGAGGGCGCAGGGCAGGAGGCUUGGGACGCCAAUUUCAGCAAGGUGCUGCUCGCCGCGCUGGCCGCAACCAAGCACGCGUCCGAGCGCGUGCGCGAGGCCGCGUUUGCGCUCGUGCGCCGGCUCGCACAGCACCAGCCGGGCCAGUUUGGGCCGGUGUUGGACGUCGUGGUGCAGCCGCUGCUGCUCGGCUGCGCGGACCCGUCAAGGGAGGUCCUGAUGGCGGCCCACCAGGCCCUAGAGGCCCUAGUGGAUGCCAUGCCGCCGCAGCGCUGCCUCGAGGCCCUGCGCUUCAAGCUGCCCACAGCGGAGGCAGUGCACAGCGGCACCGCCGUUGACGGGGACGUCCUUUGCGCCGCCAUCCGCUGCCUGCAGCGCGCUGCCGCACGCGCGCCGCCGGACGAGCUGAUGGCGCUCGCGCCGGGCGCGCUGCUGCCGGGGCUUUUUGCGGCGUUCCAGCACCCACGGCCGGACGUGCGCAAGGUGGUGGUGUUCUGCCUGGUGGAGAUGUGGCUGCACAUAGGGGAGAGCCUGACGCCGUACCUGUCUUCCCUGAGCACCAGCCAGCUCAAGCUGCUCACAAUCUACUACAGCCGCGCGCAGGAGGCGCGCGAGGCGCAGCAGCGGCGCGGCGACGGGCGGACAGGGUAA